UUUUAUUGACAGUCAAAAGUCAAAACAAUUUCUUUUAUUAAUCAAAUAUUUCUCUCAAUGUAAUGUUUUGAUAUGAUAUAUUAUCCAACAUAUGCUAUACUUUUGGGAGUCCCAUGAUGUUAGGUGAUUUUUUGAAAUACUUGUUUGUGAUAAUCUCUUUACUUGAUUUGGCUCAUGGAAAUAUGGUACAAAAGACUGAUUUCCCAGAAUCUCAUUCGAAGGACCAUAUUAUUACAGAACAGACACAAGUUCCUUCUGCAGUAAAAAACAUCAAUAAAAUCUCUGCGAUUAAUGCUUCUAAAGAAGACCUUACCCACCAUCCUCGAGAAAAUGUAGCUACUGAAUCCACUUCUGAUAUUGCUAAUGCACAAAAAAGCAAGCCAGAAAUUGAAACUACUGCAUACUAUAUUGUUCCCCGAAAAAACGAUGGUAAAACAAUAGUAGGAAAAAAAGGAGUUAAAUUUGAAGCAUCCAUUGAAAACAUUACUGUACUACCUGUUAUAGAUAUCCAUUCCAAUAUUUCCUCCACUUCUAGUAUCCCCAAAGAAAAUGAUAUAAAUGUAACAGCACUUCCAAAAAUUGAUACUGAACAUGAGGAACCUCCGAAAACUUAUGUAGUUCUCAUUGUAGCUGGUGUUUUCUCCAUGCCUUUAGUAGCUUUAAUAUUUAUUGGUUUAUAUAAGGUGGGUUCAGAAUGGUGGCAGCAUAGACAUUACAGAAGGAUGGAUUUUUUGAUCGAGGGCAUGUAUAACAAUUAAAGAAUACAAUGAUUAAUGAUAGAAUUAAGAGGGUGGAUCAAAUAUUUGGUCUCCAAAGUGAUGAAAACGCAAUAUUUCUAAUCCAGAACAGCUGUGACCAUAUUUCCAAUUAUACUGAAUGAACUCUUGUGUUUAAAUCGUGAAAAAGAUAUAGCAACAUAUUCUGAUGAAAAAUUUUUGGUGAUUUCAGAAAUAUUUUUGUUAUGGAAUUUAUAGGGUACAUAAAAAUUUUUGAGUAAUGAAAUAUUUUUGAAUAUGUGAUAUGAAAUUCUAAAUAUACAAAAUUUUAUAAUGUCUUUUCAAUUUGAUAUGAGUGUAUUUUAUUAUAUCUUCUGUGGCAUUUUCAAUAAUACUCAGAAACUUAUUAGAAAUACAGAAUACAAU